AUGUUAAUAUUCGAUAUUGACUCAUUGAUUAUGCUUGGUGUAUCGGAUUCGGCAAUGUCCAAAUCAGUUUCGAUAUCUAAUAUACAUUUGUAUCAAUUUAUUCGAGAAAAAUGUAAAAAAGCUGUUGUUGAACAAAGUUCAACCGACGGAAAUGAGAAAAAAACGAGUGGUGAACAUCUGAAAGAGAAAUGGGUAGUAAUGAUCGUUAAACAUCCACUUCUUCAUUCACUUUUAGUUAAUGAUAUUGAAUUUAAAAAAACACUUCGGCAAACUCAACAAGAACAUGAAGAUGAACAAAAACGUAUCGAUGAUGAAACUCUUAAAUUGUGUCCUAAAUGUCAACACAGCUAUAUACCAUCGCAAGUUAAUCAUGGCAGUUGUCAUUAUCAUGAUGGAUAUAUUGUUGAUCUUGAUAAUCCAAGUAAAAUUUUAACUCAAGAUGAAGCUCAAAGAAUAACACAAAAUGCAAGAAUACAAGCCACUGCCAAUCAAGAUUCUAAUGUAAAAACACCGAUCCCAAAAUUGAUCUGGGCUUGUUGUUUGAGUUUCUUUGGAACCGAACAACCAUGUAAAGUUGGCAUUUGUGGAUUACCUGGAGAACUGCACGAAUCAGUAGGCGAUUCAAAUACAGAUUUAAUAACUAAGGUUCAAGAACAUUUCAAGAAGAAUCAAGCAGCUAAAAAGAAAAUCGAAGAAUUUAUAGAGUACUAUAAAAAGUCUAAAGGAGCACAAAGACCAGUGCCAACGUUAACAACAAAUACUCCUACCCGACCAACAUCUGCUACUCCUUCAGUUACUCGUCGAAACUAA